CCGAAAGAGGCCACCAUGAGCUGCCUGGGGAUCUUCAUCCCCAAGAAGCACCGAGCGCGCUUCGACGAGGUGGUGUCACAGGGCCUGCUGGGCAAGUUGUGCCGCGCCCGCCGGGCGCAGGGCGCGCAUCGGCUGCGGCGGAGCCGUUAAGAGGAACAAGACACGAGUUGUCUCCACCCUCCGAGUCCCUCCUCCCAUAGCAGAGAAGGCUGCCAGUUUCCAUCUUGGCCUUUCUUUCUUCCUAGGACUGUCCGAGUCUACAAGGGCAACAAGAGUUUUGGCUUCACGCUGCGUGGCCACGGGCCAGUCUGGAUUGAGUCCGUCCUUCCUGGCAGCCCAGCUGAUAAUGCAGCCCUCAAAUCAGGCGACCGGAUCCUCUUCCUCAAUGGACUGGACAUGAGGAACUGCUCCCAUGACAAGGUGGUGUCCAUGCUACAGGGCAGUGGCGCGAUGCCCACGCUGGUGGUGGAAGAAGGGCUUGUCCCAUUCGCUAGCGACUCCGAUUCUAUGGAUUCCCCUAACCCGUCAUCAGCGCUCACCUCCCUGCAGUGGGUGGCCGAGAUCCUGCCUUCCAGCAUCCGGGUCCAAGGGAGAACCUUCAGCCAGCAGCUGGAGCACCUGCUCACGCCUCCUGAGCGUUAUGGGGUCUGCCGGGCCCUUGAGAGCUUCUUCCAGCACAGGAACAUUGAUACCCUCAUAGUGGAUGUCUACCCUGUGUUGGACACACCUGCCAAGCAGGUCCUUUGGCAGUUCAUCUACCAGCUGCUGACAUAUGAGGAACAGGAGCUCUGUCAGGAGAAAAUCGCGUGCUUCCUGGGCUACACGGCCAUGACAGAGCCUGAGUCCUCGCUGGACCUGGAGCCCACCCCGGAGCCUACGCCAGAGCCCACACCAGAGCCCCAGCCUCGGAGCUCUGUGAGGGCCUCUUCCAUGUGCCGCCGCAGCCUUCGGUCCCAGGGCCUGGAGUCCAGCCUCAGCUGUGGUCCCAGUGACUGCCCUGAGAUGCCUCUUCCUCUGAUCCCAGGUGAACGCCAGGCUGGGGAUGGUACAUCGCUCCCUGAGACCCCCAAUCCCAAGAUGAUGUCUGCCGUCUAUGCAGAGCUUGAGUCUCGACUGAACAGCAGCUUCAAAGGGAAAAUGGGGAGUGUGUCCAAAUCCCGGGCCUCCCCACCAGGCCCUAGUCUGGCAGGCACAGCAGGGCCCAGGACCCUGUCCGGAGUCUCCUGGCCCAGUGAGCGGCUCCUGCCCUCCCCCUGCUACGACCCGCUGUGCUCAGGGGGCCUGGCCUCCCCCAGCAGCUCCGAGUCCCACCCUUACGCCAGCCUGGACAGCAGCAGGGCGCCCUCCCCCCAGCCAGGCCCCGGGCCCAUCCACCCUGACAGCCCCCCCAGCCCGGACCCUGCCCGCCCGCCCAGCCGCAGGAAGCUCUUCACCUUCUCCCGCCCCGUCCGGAGCCGGGACACGGACCACUUUCUGGAUGUGCUGAGCGAGCAGCUGGGCCCCAGGGUCAUCGUGGAUGAUUUCCUGACACCUGAGAAUGAUUAUGAGGAGAUGAGCUUCCAUGAUGACCAGGGAAGCUUUGUGACCAACGAGCGGAGCAGUGCCAGCGAGUGUCUCAGCAGCAGUGAAGAGGGCAGUUCCCUGACCUACUCUUCCAUCUCUGACCACAUUCCCCCGCCCCCACUCAGUCCCCCCCCACCACCACCCCUGCCUUUCCAUGAUCCCAAGCCCAGCUCCCGCACCUCUGAUAGUACCAGGGGCCCCACUCAAGCCCUGACCAAGCCUCUUACCCAGCUUGGUUACACUUGUAACCACGCUGUUCAGUUUUUUCUGUACUAUUCUCCUGUUUUGGACUUCAUCCCUCAAGCCCAGGACAGCCCUCAGAGUGGACAGCUGGAGAGGGCAGUCCAGUCCAGCUGUUGCUGUUCCUCCUCCUCUGAACCUCCCCUUACUCCCUCACAGCUCGGGGAGGACUCUGACUACGAUAAACUGAGUGACAUGGUGAAAUACCUAGACCUGGAACUUCAUUUCGGCACCCAGAAACCUACUAAGCCAGUGCCUGGGCCUGAGCCCUUCCGAAAGAAGGAGGUGGUGGAGAUCCUGUCUCACAAGAAGGCCUACAACACCUCCAUUCUCUUAGCACACCUGAAGCUGAGUCCCGCGGAACUGCGGCAGGUGCUCAUGAGCAUGGAGCCCCGGCGCUUGGAGCCCGCGCAUCUGGCGCAGCUGCUGCUGUUCGCGCCCGAUGCCGACGAGGAGCAGCGCUACCAGGCCUUCCGUGAGGCGCCCGGUCGCCUCAGCGAGCCGGAUCAAUUCGUUCUUCAGAUGCUGUCGGUUCCCGAAUAUAAAACCCGCCUGCGCAGCCUCCACUUCCAGGCCACCCUACAGGAGAAGACAGAGGAGAUCCGAGGCAGCCUCGAAUGCUUACGACAGGCUUCCCUUGAGCUUAAAAACAGCCGGAAACUCGCCAAGAUCUUGGAGUUUGUUUUGGCCAUGGGCAACUAUCUCAACGAUGGACAGCCCAAAACCAACAAGACCACGGGCUUCAAGAUCAACUUUCUGACAGAGCUGAACUCCACCAAGACAGUGGAUGGGAAGUCCACCUUCCUGCACAUCCUUGCCAAAUCGCUGAGCCAGCACUUCCCUGAACUCCUGGGCUUUGCUCAGGACCUGCCCACCGUGCCCCUGGCUGCCAAAGUGAACCAACGGGCCCUGACUGGCGACCUGGCUGACCUCCAUGGCACCAUCAGUGAGAUUCAGGCUGCCUGCCAGACCAUGUCCCCCUCCAGUGAGGACAGGUUUGCUGUGGUCAUGGCGUCCUUCCUGGAGACUGCCCAGCCUGCACUUCGGGCACUGGAUGGGCUGCAGCGAGAGGCCAUGGAGGAACUGAGCAAGGCGCUGGCCUUCUUUGGGGAGGAUUCCAAAGCAACCACCUCCGAGGCCUUCUUCGGCAUUUUUGCGGAAUUCAUGAGCAAGUUUGAGCGAGCACUCAGCGACUUGCAGGCCGGGGAGGGCCCACGCAGCUCUGGGAUGGCUUCACCUCUGGCCUGGUGACAGCAGCCACACCUCAUUCUCUGUGGCCUGAGCACUGAAAAGGACACCAGAGGCUUCACCCCAGAGGGCAGGCAGCCUGCAUGCCACCGAGGUUCAGGCUGGUGAAUGCACAGCGUGGCUGCCUGAGGGAAGGGCCUGGACAUGCCCGCGUCUCCAGCUACCUCAGCCGCAGACCAUAGAACAGUCCGGGCCUCCCUGCCUGCUGUGUCCCGCUGCAGGCCAGCUGGGACUCUCAGGGCAGGGGGGACAGGCAGGGUGGCCUGGCCUCAUCCCGUGCUCCAUGGGCUUCUUGUGGUCACCCCACCUCCCCACAUCCCUUCCCGGCCUGUUGAAUAGAAUAAAGUACUUCUGUGAGACCCUGGGA